AUGGCUCCUGAUACAUCAAACUAUGCCCAACUGUCUAUGAUGCUGGAAGACCUAAUGGUCAUGUAUCGAGUAGAGGUGACUAUUCUCAUUCGAUCUUAUUACUUGUGCGACAAUGCAUACGCUAACAGUAAUGGCUUCUUGACUCCGUACAAAGGUGUUAGAUAUCACCUGAAGGAGUGGGGCCCUGGAACAACAGCUCCUCAGAACCCGAAAGAAAUAUUCAACAUGCGUCACACAAAGGCCAGAAAUGUUAUAGAACGUGCUUUUGCAGUCUUGAAAAUGCGGUGGGGCAUCCUUCGAAGUGCUUCGUUCUACCCUAUCCAGACCCAGAUCCGUUUGAUAAUGGCUUGUUUCCUUCUACAUAACUUCAUAAGACGUGAAAUGGUAAUAGACCCAGUUGAGAUUGAACUAGAUGGGGCCGUAGGUCCUCAAACCCCUACCGAAGAAGAGUAUGUGGGCCUAGAUUUUGUAGACUGUGUUGAGCCGACUCAAGAGUGGACGCAGACACGGGACAAUUUGGCCCUCAACAUGUGGAACAACCGUUAG